AUGGGCAGCAUUGCGACAACAUCUCUCGAGGCACGCUUACAAUGUCGACAGAACCGUCUGACGAACACAGCCGGUGUCGCACCAGGCUAUCUGCAAGCCAACCUGCUAGUUCUGCCCUCCAAGCAUGCAUCUGACUUCCAUAAUCUAUGUUUGCGCAAUCCAGUCGCGUGUCCACUGUUAGGAAUGACCUCCCAACCAGGCGAUCCACACACAAUGAAACCGCCAGGCUGCAUUCAGUCCGCGGAUUUUGACGUUCGAACGGAUUUUCCUAAGUACAGGGUAUACAAGGAUGGGAAGUACCUAAAGGGGUCCUGCGAUAUUCUCGAUCUAUGGAAGGAAGAUCAUGUCGCCUUUUUAAUCGGCUGUUCGUUCUCCUUUGAAGAUGCCUUGACCAAUGCAGGUCUACAGCCUCGACAUCAACAAACAGGUUCCAUCGUGGCUAUGUACAAGUCUAAUAUUCCGCUACUCCCAGCGGGUAUUUUCACUGGUGGCCGUUGCAUAGUUUCCAUGCGACCUUAUCGCCCUGAGGAGAUUGACCGUGUCCGAAAAGUCACUCGCCCAUAUCUUUCGACUCAUGGGGAGCCGGUCAGUUGGGGUUGGGAUGGUGCUAAAGAGCUUGGUAUCCUUGAUAUCAAUAGCCCGGAUUUUGGCGACGUACAAGUAUUCGAGGAUGGGGAAGUGCCUGUGUUUUGGGCCUGUGGUGUGACCCCCCAGAUGGCAGUUGAAGCUGCUGGAGACCUUAUCCAUGGACAUGUUUUUGCACAUGAGCCUGGUCAUAUGUUAGUGACUGAUUGGACGGCUGUUGAUUUGCAAAAGCUUCAGUCCGGCAGUCUCUAG